AUGGAGAAACGUAAAUUUCAAUCUGGGGCUUCGAAACGUUCAGCCAAAAGAAGAAAUGAUUUGAUUGCUUGUGGUUUGUCACUAAGUCAACAAAAACUGAGAAGAUUACAAAAAAUUGGAAUUACUAGAUGGUGGGCCAAAGACAAGGCGCUUGAAACUAUAUUUGAUGUAAACAGGUAUGUUGUGCUUUUAAAAACACUUUAUAGUAUAGCGUACAGUGAUCAAUUUGAAUCCAAAGUUAGUUUUGAAGCUCAAUCUAUUUUGCAAAUAUUCUUAAAAUUUGACACAAUUCUUGUAGCUUUUGUUUUUAAAACAUUAUUUAAGUACACUACACCUGUCAGUAAAUAUCUUCAAACUGUGUCAUUGGACUAUCUAACAGCACAUCAAUUAUUAAAGAGUUUAGAAAAACAAUUAUCUAAUAUGGCAAAAGAUUCAAUAUCAACAUUUGAUAAUAUUUUGAAAGCUGCAUUAUCAUUUGCAAGUUCUGUUAAUGAUAUUUUAACUAAAAAUGAAAUUGAAUUAGAAAUUGAGACAAUACUAUCACAUAAACGAUCACGGAAAGUUAAAAGAAUGUUUGAUGAAACUGCAACAGAUGAGUCAGUAAGUGCUUUUGAAAAUGAUAAACACAAGUUUCGCGUGAGGGUUUAUCAAGUUGUAAUUGAUACUGCAUCUAGACAAAUCAGUGUAAGGUUUGGUGAUUCAAAUACAAUUAUGCAAGAUGCUUCAUACUUGGAUCCUAAAAAUUUUAAAAGAAUAAAUGAAGAUCCGAGUGUGAUCCCACAAGGAGCCUUACAGUCUUUAGCAAAAAUGAGUAGUGUUGAACGAGAUGGUUUAGUUGAUCAAUUAAUAUCUUUUGCAUCCAUUUAUCAUAAUAUUUCAAAUAAUACAGAGUAUCAAUCAAAUGUCUUUGAUUCAGAAAAUGAUGAAGAAGAAACUCUAACAUGUUCUAUUGAUCAAAACUGUCAAAAGUGUAUUCCAUGUGCUAUUAAAUUAUUGAAAGAUUUUAAUUUACAUAGUAGCGCAUACUCAGAUUUAUAUAUUGCAUAUGAAACUUUAUUAACAAUUUCUUUUACCCAAGUCUCAUGUGAACGUUCUUUCUCUAAGCUUAAAAUUAUCAAAACUCGUCUCAGAUCACUUAUUGGUCAAGACUUGUUGGAAUCCUUAAUUUUAAUAAAUUCUGAGGCAGAUAUUAUUUCCGAAUGGAACUAUGAUGACAUUAUUGAUAAGCUUGCUAGUACAUCUAAUGAAAUGAAGCGAUUGUUAUUUUAG